UCUUUGGGGAAGAAAAGUGGCAACUGAUAUUUAUAGGAGCAGCAGGAUUAUAGCUCCAUGAUCUCUCAAUUCUGCUGCUGUGCAGACACAAGAGGGAAAGAUGGUCCCUGAGUCCUGUGAGCUUUAUAUUUAAAACUGAAGAAAUAGAACAUAAGGCAAUGGAAAAGAUAAAGCUGUGCUGGUCAGUGGGAUAAGCAGGAAAUACAUGGAUGAAAAUGCUUUGGAGACUAUGCUCUGUCAUCUCUCAGCCCAUCUUCAUCAUCCACCCAGGCUCAGGCUGCCUGGAAACAGCCCCAUAAGCUGAUGUAUUCUGGUGACCAGGGGCAUUAUUUGCCUUAAAUAUUCAAGAGUUGCAGUUAUGGGGAUGCAAUAAGAAAAUGGACUACAAACUAUCAAAUGCCGAGAGGAAACCAAGAGGGAUGAUCCGAGGCACUGAGUGUCUCCUGCAGAGGCCCUGAGUCAGCAGGGAUGACAUGGAGGAGGUGGGUGUGAUAGAUCUUGGAAACUGCACCAAAAUAAUGAAAAAGCGCACAAACGGUGAUUUUUCACUGCAUUUUCCAGCUGGAAAAACAAGGUGUGAACUUGAAAUUAACCUGGUGGCAGCAGGACUGCACGGACUGGACGUUUGAACAGGUUCAGGAUGCAGUUUGGUAGCAUUAAUCGGAGAGGCAGCUCAGAGGUUGUACCGAGUGCCGGAGCGGAGGGGUGGCGCUCAGGGGGACCCUCGGGAGGGGCUGCUGGUGGCCGGGCAACCGCGGUGAGGGUGGGAGCGCCGCCUGUGCCUCCUCCUCUGCCUGGCUCCUCUCUCAGCCGCCACAGCUGCUCUCUCAAAAUAACCCCUGGUUUAACAUCAGCGAGCGAUUGGAGGAGGCCUGACAGAGAAAUGGUGCGUCUUCAGGAUUCGUGGUGGUUAAAGCAGCACAGAGGCCGCAGACAUUGGCACACCAUGGAUACCACCGGCCACAGCAUCCUCCUCCUCCAGCAGCUGAACAUGCAGCGGGAGUUUGGCUUUCUGUGUGACUGCACAGUUGCCAUUGGAGAUGUUUACUUCAAAGCCCACAGAGCGGUGCUCGCUGCUUUUUCAAACUAUUUUAAGAUGAUAUUUAUUCACCAGACGAGCGAGUGCAUAAAAAUUCAGCCUACAGACAUCCAGCCUGACAUAUUUAGUUACUUGUUACACAUCAUGUACACUGGGAAAGGGCCAAAGCAGACUGUCAGCCAGAGCCGACUGGAGGAGGGCAUCCGCUUUCUGCACGCAGACCACCUCUCCCACAUCGCCAUCGAGAUGAACCAGGCCUUCUCCCCAGAGCCGGUCCAGUCCUCCAACCUGUACGGGAUCCAGAUCUCUACAGCACACAAGCUGGCGAAGGAGCGCCUGGGAGCGAAGGAAAGCCUGCCCAAGGCGGGCGUCAGGUCCGCGGCCCAGGGCGAUCACCCCCAGCUGCAGCUGUCCCUGGCCAUCGGCCUGGACGACGGCCCCCUGGAGCAGCAGGUCGCUCGCCCCUCGGCCCAGCCCGCGGCUCUCGCCAAGCCGGCAGAGGAGCGCCCGAAGCUCUCAGUUUCCAUAAAGCAGGAGAGGUGCGACUCGGAGCCCGUGGUGUCCCAGAGCUGCACCCCUCCUUCUCCGGAGGUAACGAGCCCCAUCUUUGCCAAGGGCAGCCUCAAGGUGCACUUGUGCCACUACUGCGGGGAGCGCUUUGACUCGCGGGAGGGGCUGCGGCACCACCUGCAUGGCCACGUCUCGGGCUCGCUGCCCUUCGGCGUCCCGGCCUCCAUCCUGGAGAGCAGCGACCUGGGUGAAGUGCAGCCUCUGGCUGAGGACAGGGAGCCUGGGGAUGGCCAUCGCCUCGGGGCCUUCCUCCUCAAGGAGGACGAGCAUCAGCUGGAGCAUCCGAGUUGCAGCGACCUGGAGCCUCUGCAGAUCGGGCAGCUCUCCCUCAUCUCCAAGGACCACGAACCGGUGGAGUUGAACUGUAACUUUUCUUUCUCAAGAAAGAGAAAGAUCAGCUGCACCGUCUGCGGCCGCACGUUUUUCCGGAAGAGCCAGCUGCUGGAGCACAUGUACACGCACAGAGGGAAGCAGCACAAGUACAGCCGCUGCCAGCGGCUGGAGAGCCCAGCCACCCCCAGGUUUCACCCUUACUGUGACAGCGAGAGUGUGGGCAAGAGCUCCAGCUUGUCCCAAGGCCACUUAGAUGAAUGUAUACUGGAGCCAGAUCUCAUCCAAGAAAGCGUUGAUACGAUCCUGGUAGAGUAAUUCUCCCCCUUCAGAUGCUGAAACUGCAUGUUUUGGCACUCUCCACCUAGGGAGCGGCUGUUCUGUGCAGCUGAUUUUCUUGAACCACCAUUCCCCUCACCGCUGAGAUAACUGUGAAGGACUGUGUACUUCGAUUUGUGUACUUGCUUUUUUUACUUCUCUAACUUUUAAACCUGAGCUAAUUCCCAUCUAAGUCCUUCUUGGAAGCCUCUGUGUAUCUCAGUUAUGUUUUUCCUGAAUGUGAACUUGCUCCUACUCUGCUUUACUGGAGUAAAGGCUGUAUUGCUGGGUGUGAGGUUUAAACAUUGUCUAGUACUUUGUGUGGUGCCUAGGACUGUUUGUAUUCCAUAGAAUUGCUCCUCUGAAACCAGAUGGAUGGAAGUGUAGAGGGAAAUACGUAUUGUGUUUCCCAAACAGUUUGUUUUUAAUGAAAAUAAAUAUCUCAAGGAGAUGAAUCCUGAAGUUCAUGUUGUUCAUGUAACUGCAGUUAAUAAAUCUCU